AUGACGCUCAACCUCAACGACUUUGAUGUCCUGGUGUUUGAUAUCGAAGGAACCGUUUGUCCCAUCUCCUUCGUCAAGGAUGUCCUACCUCUCAUCCCGAACCUCUUCGGUCUAGACACCGGCCUUGGACAUCCACUUCUCGGCGUCCAAGCUGCCGAACCAGGUCAUGCCAAGUUGCUCAUGUCUUUGGGCUUCCCGUAUGCACUCGAAGCACUUCCCAAAGUCUUGGAACAAGAGUGGGACAGUCCAGAGUUUGCAAAGUACCGUGAUGCUUUCCCCGAGGAGUACCGCAACUCGCCUUCUGAUUUUGAAGCUCACGUCCGCGAUCUCGUGAAGCGCGAUGUCAAGAUAGCGUACCUCAAGUCGCUCCAGGGAUACCUCUGGCUGCAGGGUUACGAGUCUGGCAACAUCGUCGCUCCCCUCUUCCCGGAUGUCGAGACCUUCUUCAACGAAGCCAUUAAGAGUGGAAAGAAGAUCAUAAUCUACUCCUCCGGCUCGGUCCCUGCGCAGAAGCUGCUCUUUUCGCACACGAAUUCCGAGAAGUCAGAUAUGACACCUCUUAUUGCCGAUUAUUUCGACACCACCAAUGCGGGGCCCAAGACCGAGGUCGACAGCUACAGCAAGAUCAUCUCUCAUCACCCGGAGCACAAGGACCUUGACAGAUGGCUCUUCCUAAGCGAUAACAUCGACGAAGUCAAGGCUGCUGUUGGAGCGGGUAUGCGCAGUCUGCCCGUUGUUCGUCCUGGAAACGCGCCCUUGCCGCCAAAUGAACCUAUAUCCAAAGUCGCAAUUACCGAGUUCAAGCACUCAGAAGCUGCUUCAUUGGGAGUAUGA